GUCCAACAUGGCCGACUCAGAGGUCCCUCUUUGCUGCAGGUGAUAAAGCCGGGCCUCUCAGCCAGCUCGCUGCUCGACCGAGGACUUCAGCUGAUGGGCGAAAACAGCAGCACUCCAUACACCCCCCUGGAUAAGAGGGCCAUGGAGAACACGGACGAGGACACCGCCACAGACAACUGGUCUCUGGAGCAGCCGCUGGCCCAGACCAGAACCACGGCCAUCGUGGAGGUGAAGGGGGCCGUCAACGUGGUUCUGACCCCCCUGGUGGCCGAGUCCCUGGACAGAUACAUCGAGUCCAUGGUCCACUUCGCCAGCAUCCGGCAUCCGGCGGCGAUUCUGGACGACCUGCAUGGGAAGGUUCUGAACGAGGCCUAUCAGAUCAGCAAGUCCACGGUCACCGAGUCGAGCCAGCAGGCGCUCAAGCAGGAGCAGAAGCUCUCCAAGACCGAGGCAGCCAACGGGCAGACUGAGCUGUCAAUCAAACCCGACAACGUGAAAAUAAAGGGCCUCCAAGCCAACGUCUCCAUCCCUAAGGUGAACCUGUGCCUGCUGCAGGCGUCUGUAGAGGAAGUCUCGCCUUCCUGCUCCUCUAAAUGCAUCCCACACGUGUCUCUGGUGGCGCUGUGCUUUGACCGGAUCGCCACGCAGUUCAGGAUGAACAGGGGGAUCGUAGAGGAGACGCCGAACACCACCGAACACGGCCGACCCUCCGUCAUGCUGGAGAAGUACGCCUCGGCCACCAAAAUGCAGCCGCAGUCGUCCGGGUCGCUGCGUUCCAACGCCGGGAUCGAGAAGGGCAAAGAGAUCGCAGCCAGACUCAACAUCCACCGGAUCCACAGCCAGCUGCGAGGCCUCGACUCCACAGAUAUCGGGACGUUCGCCAUCACAGCCAUCCCCUUUGAGAAGUCAAAGGUUCUUUUUGGUCUGGAGGACAUGGAGGAGUUCUCCCUGGUGGAUGAAACCGACGCCCAGGCGGCUCAGAGCGAACCGGCCCGAUCCGCUGCGUCCCUGGAGAAAUGGGGCUGGAUCAUGUUUGAGUGCGGCAUUGAAAACCUCACCGUCAAAGGGGGCCGCCAGUCCGGAGCCGUCCUCUACAACGCCUUCGGAGUGAUGGGCCACUCGGAUCCCACCGGGAAGAACGGGACCACCAAGUCCAACGGCUCCACCGGCUCUCAGACAGGAAGCGGAUACAGCACCGACGUCUCCGACGACAACCUGCCGCACGACGUGCUCGGCCCCAACUCGGACGCCAACGAGCACUCGGACUCAGAUGAGCAGGAUGAAGGAGUGGAGUCAGACGACCUGAAGAAAGACCUCCCCCUCAUGCCUCCGCCGCCAGACUCCAGCAGCAUGAAGCUGACCAUCAGGGAGAUCUGGUUCAGCUUUGCUGCUCCCACCAACGUGCGCUCAGCCUCUCAGACCAUCUCCAGACAGUUGAACCUGCUCAGCACGGCCACGCCAGCCAUCGGAGCCUGGCUGGUCCCCAUCGACCAGCUCAAAUCCUCCCUCCGUAAGCUGGACAUGGAGGCCACGCUGCGAGUCUGCGCCGUCAUGGGCUGCAUCAUGACCGAGGCUCUGGAGAAAAAGAGCAUCCACAUCCCGAUCCGCAGCAAGUAUAACCGAGUCACGAAGCGGGCUCGCUACCUGCACGAGAACCCCUCCUGCAUGCUGUGCAACAUCCUGCACCGCUAUCUGCAGCAGGCGGACUACUCCGUUAUCGAGGAGGCCACCAUGAACGAUGGAGUUCCUGCCCUGGUCACCCUGAAGAAGGGUCUGGUUGCUUUGGCCAGACAGUGGAUGAAAUUCAUCGUUGUAACUCAGGGCUUUAAGGCCAUUGGUCUGAUGGGUCCCAACCAGCUGAUCAAAGCCAAAGAGGCCCAGCAGAACCGGACCGAUGCAGUUCUGGGUCUGGAUAAUGGAGCCGCGCUGCAGAGCGACACCAGCGCUGAUGGAGCGGAGUUUGAAUUUGACGCAGCCACAGUGAGUGAACACACCAUGCUGCUGGAUGGGGCAUGCGGUCGGCCCCCGCCCAAGGAAGCCAACACCGGCCCCGUCAGCGGAGUGGAGAUCAUGAGGAAGCUUUCCAAGUCCCACACCCACAGCGAAUCUGCUCACCGGAUAAAGGGCUCCCAUCCCUACCAGUCACUGAGCUACACCAGCGGCGACACGGCGGCUGACUCGCCGGCCCAUGUGAGCCGCGCCGGCCUGCCGGCCAAGGACAGCCCACGUAAGGAGAGCCUCCUCAGCAACCUGACCGGCAGCUUCCGGAGCCUGCACAACCUGCUGGAGGGCACGCCUCAGAGGAACGACGCGUCUGCGACCGCGGCGGCCAAGAGCAGCUCCCUCACCCGCACAGGGACGGACAUGCUGACGGAGCACCCGCUGCUGUCCGAGCCGUCCUCUGUCAGCUUUUACAACUGGAUGUCCAACGCCGUGGGGAACCGGAGCGGAGCCGCUGCCCAGGAGUCCCCGGUCCACCGGGCCCAGACAGCUGGGAUGUGCAACCUGCCCACCAUCCCCUCCGCCUCAGACUUCAACACGGUGCUGUCCAGCGACCAGAACACGCUGGACGGCACACAUUCCCAGCACUCCCAGCACAGCACCAGCCAGGAGGACAUCAUGGACAUCGAGGAGGGGAACCAGUGUCCUGCUGCCGUCCAGCUGGCUGACGCUCAGGUUGUUUUCAAACCGCUGCUGAGCUACACGGGUAUCCAGGCCCAGGACGCCACCCCACUCAGCUACAAGAUGUAUUUCGGAGAACAUCUGUCCUUUUCUGGCAACCUGGACUGUCUGAGAGCCGACAUUGUGGACUCCGAUACGUCCAAAGAGCGGAAAAACAAGCGAUCCAGGAGACAGGGCACGGUCAACCUCCCCCCCCUGGAGUUCAAGCCCGCUCUGUUGAUCGAGACCUUCAGUGUGAACGCCGUGGUGAUGGAGAAGUCCACCAGCUGCCCUCAGGGCCCCACGGCGGCUCCGCUCUCCUUCCACGACCUCAACCGCCGCCACUACAACACCUUCCACUGCGACUUCACCACCGCCUGCCAGGCCAUCAGCCAGCGCGUGGACAUGGCGCUGGUCCGCCUCAUCCACCAGUUCAGCACCAUGAUCGACGACAUCAAAGCCACGCAGACCGACAUCAAGCUGAGCCGCUACACCGCCGGCUCCACCUCCCCGACGCCGACCUUCAAGGCCCGGCCGUACCGACACAUCCUGUCCUCGGACUUCAGCCGGAGCUCCCGGGGCAGCCUGAACGGAGCGGGCCGCGGCGGGACCCAGACGCUGAAAGGAAGGAGAGCGGGCGGAGGAGGCGGGGCGCCGCCUAACGGACCUCCGUCAGGCAUGGACACGUUGGGGAGGCGGGAGCCACGGGGGCGGAGCUCCCUCGGUCGCUCAGAGCGCCGCACCUCUAAGGUGUCCAGGAAGGGCUCUCGCGACGUGGCCGACCACAUGCCAAUCCAGAUGGACGACUCGGACUCCAUCACGGUGUCGGAGCAGAGCGAGCCGUCGGCAGAGUGCUGGCAGAACAUGUACAAGCUGCUCAACUUCUACUCCCUCAUCUCUGAUCCCACCGGCAUCCUGGAGAAGAGCUCCCCAGAGAACUGCCUAUCAGAAGGUGGCCGGCGUCCCUCCGAGCCGCUGUGUAAAGUCAUCUAUGAAAACGAGCAGCAGGAGCCCGCCACGCCCAACAAGCCGGCCGGCGGGCGGCGGCGCAGCCUGGUGAGCAGCGAGCCUCACCACGUCACGCUGAUUGUGUUCGGCAUCGGCAUGGUGAACCGCACGCAUCUGGAGGCCGACAUCGGCGGGCUGACCAUGGAGGCGGAGCUGAAGAAGAUCCACGGCUCCUUCACCCUGAAGGAGAAGAUGAAGGACAUCCUUCACCAGAAGAUGACAGAGACAUGUGCUUCGGCUCACAUCGGAGGAGUAAACAUCGUCCUGCUGGAGGGGAUAACGCCCGACAUCCAACUGGAGGACUUUCCAACGUCUCCCACCAGCACGGCUAAGCAGGAAUUUCUAACCGUCGUCAAAUGCACCAUCGCCAAAUCUCAGGCGCUGUACAGCGCCCAGCGCGGCCUGAAGACCAACAACGCCGCCGUCUUCAAGGUGGGCUCCAUAAUGAUCAACAUCCCCCAGCACCCGGCCACCCUGCACAGCAUGAUGGUGCGCAGCUCCCACCAGCUCUCCAAGCAGAUCUCCGACCUCAUCCGCCAGCCCUCCAACGCCCAACCUCACCGAGAGGACACGCCCACUCCCCAACCUUCAGACAAAGCCUCCAGCAUCAACCAGACCCCCGUGGAGGCCAACGAGUUCCCACAGCUUCCUGAGGGACUGGAGAAGAAGCCCAUCGUGCUCAAGUUCAGCGCCAUCAUGGACGGCAUCACCAUCGGUGCGGCGCUGCUGCCCUCGCUGAAGGCCGAGUACAAAAUGGGUCCAGUGAAAAGCCACGGGAUGACAGGAGCCCAAACCAGUUUCACCUUCGAGCUGCCAAACCACAAGCUGUGCUUCCAGUCCAAAGUGUCCCCAGUGGACAUGUCCACCAUGUCUCCCUCGGCCAGCCUCACUUUGCCUCCCAUCACCAUGUCUGGGGAGUACAUCAUGGAGGACCACGAGAGCCACUCGGACCAGAGCUGGGCUCCGGACGACUUCCCCACCAAGCAGGGAAAUUACCUGCAGGGAAACUACCUGCGAUGCGUCGCCGAGAUUGGCUCCUUCGAACACAACCUGACGACAGACCUGCUCAACCACCUGGUGUUUCUGCAGAAGGUCUUCAUGAAGGAAGUGAAUGAAGUCAUCCAGAAGGUUUCAGGAGGCGAGCAGCCGAUCCCGCUGUGGAACGAACACGACACCUCAACGGACGCCGACAAGCCCAAGAUUCUGCUUUACUCACUCAGCCUCAUGUUCAAGGGAAUCCAGAUGACGGCCACUACGCCGUCGAUGCGGGCCGUGCGCUUCGAGACGGGCCUGAUCGAGCUGGAGCUGUCCAACAGGAUCCAGUGCAAGACACAGCCGGGGGGCAGCAGAAGUUACCUCAAGCUCUUCGGCAAAUGCCAGGUGGACCUGAACCUGGCCCUGGGACAGAUCGUCAAGCAUCAGGUGUACGAAGAAGCCGGGUCAGACUUCCAUCAGGUGGCGUACUUCAGGACCCGGAUCGGUCUGCGAAACGCCCUGCAGGAGGAAAUAAGCUGCUCGUCAGACAAGGAGGCUGUGCUGAUAACCCUCAACAGGCCCAUCGUUUUCGCGCAGCCGGUGGCGUUCGACCGAGCUGUGCUCUUCUGGCUGAACUACAAGGCGGCAUACGACAACUGGAAGGAGCAGAGUCUGGCUCUCAACAAGGACAUCCACAUGGCCACCAGGGAGGUGGUGGACAAGCUGCCCGGCAUUCAGCAGACGUCAGCCCAGGCCUUCAGCACCCUCUUCCUGCAGCUAACCGUCAACGACCUGGGCAUCUGCCUGCCCAUCACCAACGCAUCGCAGAAAGGCCAGGCAGCGGCUGGGCAGGAGGGGAGCUCUGCAGCAGGGGUCGGCACGUCAGAGAGCCAACCCAAACCCCCCCACAAAGCCAACCACAGCAUUGACUUCGACACUGGCUCAGCUCUGGUCCUGACCAUCGAGAGCACGCUGAUCACCGCCUGCUCCUCGGAGUCUCUGGUGAGUAAAGGACACUUCAAGAACUUCUGCAUCCGCUUCGCAGAGGGCUUCGAGACGUCCUGGGACGACUGGAAGCCUGAGGUCCGGGGAGACUUGGUCAUUAACGCAUGCCUGGUCCCUGAUGGAACCUACGAGGUCUGCUCCAGGACCACGGGGCAGCCGUCUGCAGAGAGCAGCAGCGCCGGUAGCUGGACUCUGAACGUGCUCUGGAAAAUGUGCGGCAUCGACGUUCACAUGGACCCGAACAUCGGCAAGCGCCUCAACGCCUUGGGAAACACGCUGACGUCGCUGACGGGCGAGGAGGACCCCGACGACAUCACUGACCUGAACUCUGUGAACAUGGGGGACCUGUCGGACGAGGACGAGUCCGACACCAUGUCGCCCACCAUCCACAUGAGCUCAGAGAACCAGUUCAGCCCUCGGCUGACCUUAAAGAGGCGCCUGGUAAACCACAUCCUGGGCCUCAGCCCCAGGCCUCAGAGCGUCUCUGUCCCUGAGGACUGCUUAAACUCUGCACCACCCUGCUCUAGCAGGGCCCAAAGACCCCUCUCCUGGGCCUGUGAGAACCUGGACCCCCGCAGGCCGAUGAUGGGGAACCAGGUGAUCGACGCUCGGGGCAGGAAGGUCACCAAGAGGGUGGUGGACAUCCGGGAGCUGAACGAACAGGCCAAGGUUAUCGACGACCUCAAGAAACUGGGAGCCAGCGAGGGAACCAUCAACCAGGAGAUCCAGCGGUACCAGCAGCUGGAAUCGGUGGCUGUCCAGGACAUCAGGAGAGACGUCAGGAAGAAGCUGCGUCGCUCAAGCAUGAGGGCCGCCUCUCUGAAGGAUAAAUGGGGCCUCGGCUACAAGCCCAGCUACAACCGCUCCAAAAGCAUCUCUGCAGCCGCGGGGCGGCCUCCUCCGAAGCGGGUCGACAAACAAAGCUCCAAGAUGGGGGAUGUGGAUGAUUUCCCAGAAGUCCGUGUGGACGCGUCCUCCCCUGGACCCCGGGUCACCUUCAGCAUCCAGGAUCCGGCUUUGGACCCGUCAACCUUACCCGUCAGCCCAGGAGAGGUUUUUAAGUUCCCAGAGGAGUCCGAGUGCGACCUGUUGUCCGUCACCAUCGACGGCCCAUCCCAUCCUCAUCCUCACCUCCAUCCUCCAUCCUGUGUCGAGGGCCAGCAGUCAGUUUUCAGUGCCCCCACCACACCUGCCGUCUUCUCACCCAGCAUUCCCUUCCAGCACUACGACAACCGGCGGGACGACCUGUCCUCUUCGUCCUCCGAGGACUCGGAGAAGGAGGAGUUUGAACGGGAGAGACUGACCAGCUACCGCAGGCCUAUCCAAGCGUCUCACAGGAAGGCCUCAGGCUUCUCCGCCGUCAGUCAGCUGUUUAGCGAACGCUGGCCGAGCACGCCGACAAACCGCAGCUUGAGCGGCCCGGCGUCGGAGAAGAACAUAGACUUUGAGCUGGACGUGCGUGUGGAGAUCGACAGCGGGAAGUGUGUCCUCCACACCACCACCCAGCAGUCGGAGCACGAGGAGAUCGCCCUGAGGAGGAGCUGCGACCGCAGCAUCCGCAGUCUGGACCAGGAUUCCCCCCCAAAGAAGAAGAAGCUCCAGCCGGCGUACACCUCCACCACUCACCUGCUGGCCGGGAAGAAAGGCCCCGCCACGCUGCAGACCAAAUCCAACGAGCUGGAGACCACGGUCUUCUACAUUCCAGGAGUGGACGUGAAGCUGCACUACAACUCCAAGACCCUGAAGACGGAGUCUCCCAACGCCUCGCGGGGAUCCUCUCUGCCCCGCACGCUCUCCAAAGAGUCCAAGCUGUAUGGUAUGAAAGAUAGCGGCCCUAUCAACCCUCCCCAAAGCAAGACUAACUCGCUCCUACCUCCCCCGCCCCCACCUAUUGCUACAGCCAAAGCUAAGACUGUUGGGGGGGUGAAGACGGCCAAGCUGUACGCGUGGGUGGCCCUUCAGACUCUGCCGGAGGAAAUGGUCAUCAGCCCGGCUCUGCUGGAUUUCCUGGAGAAAGCCUUGGAGACCAUCCCCAUCACUCCUGUGGACAGAAGCUACACAGCGGCGACCCAGGAGGAGGACAUGGGCCAGUUUGAGCCGGUGGAACCUCUGGAGGAAUCCACAACCUCCUUGGUUUCCUCCUCCACUUCCGCCUACUCUUCGUUCCCUGUAGACGUGGUCGUCUAUGUCAGAGUUCAGCCCUCUCAGAUCCGCUUCAGCUGCCUGCCCAUGUCCAGGGUGGAGUGCAUGCUCAAGCUGCCCUCUCUAGACCUGGUGUUCUCCUCUAACCGCGGAGAACUGGAGACCCCAACUGCAGCCAACCCCAUGGAGGGAUCCCACCCCCCUACGUCCACUCCGCCUGGGCAGCACGUCCCCAAGGUCCCCCCCAGUAAAGCGUCUCCGCUCCUGGGGAGCCCUUUGGGCCGGAGCCGCCACAGCAGCAGCCAGUCGGACCUCACGGGCCCCCCCACCAACUCCUCGGGCCUGAGCUUCACCGCCUGCAUGUCGGACUUCUCCCUCUACGUCUUCCAUCCCUACGGCGCCGGGAAGCAGAAAUCAGCCGUCACAGGCCUGCCUCCGGGUCCAGGACCGUUAGAUGACGAGCCGUCCUCGGUUACCGGAAGGAAAGACUCUCUGUGCAUCAACCUGGAGUUUGUGAAAGUCAGUUUGUCCAGGAUGAGGAGGACCGGAGCUCCAACCUUCAUCGAAAGCUUUGUUUCUCCUAAAGGAGGCAAACUGGACACCACCCUCAUCAACAUCUCAGCGGUGUGUGACAUCGGGUCGGCUUCCUUCAAGUACGACAUGAGGCGGCUGAGUGAGAUCCUGGCGUUCCCCAGAGCCUGGUACCGGCGCAGCAUCGCCAGGCGCCUCUUCCUGGGAGACCAGACCAUCAAUCUGCCCCCUUCUGGUCCCGCCACCCCAGACUCUGCUGAAAGCAUAGCCCAGCACCUCUCCCCCGAGUCCAGCCGCAAAGCCUACUGGAGGACAUGGGACGGCAGCAUGGGGACGCAUGUCCCCCAUUCCCCCAACGUCUUCACAGAGCACUCCGCCGGGAGCAGCAUGUCCCCCGGCGGCCUGGGCCACCUGAGGUCCCCCGUGCCGGGGCGCAAUCGGAGCGUGUCCGAUUCCUCCGCUCCCAGGAGGGAUUCUGUGACCAAAACCUCAACGCCGUCGUUUGGUAAGAACGGGAAGUCGUCUGGUCCACAGGGGUCGCCGUGGGAGACGCUGGUGGUGUUCGCCAUCAACCUGAAGCAGCUCACCGUGCAGAUGAACAUGAGCAACGUGAUGGGAAACAACACCUGGACCACCAGUGGUCUGAAAAGUCAGGGCCGCCUGUCUGUCGGCAGCAACCGGGACCGAGAGAUCAGCAUGUCUGUGGGCCUCGGCCGCUCCAAACUGGACUCAAAGGGAGGAGUGGUGGGCGGCAACAUCGACGUGAACACCCUGGAGAUGGUCUCUCAUAUCUCUGAGCAUCCAAACCAGCAGCCCAGCCACAAGAUCCAGAUCACCAUGGGCUCUACGGAGGCCCGGGUGGACUACAUGGGCUCCAGCAUCCUGAUGGGCGUCUUCAGCAACGCCGACCUGCAGCUCCAGGACGAAUGGAAGGUCAACCUGUGUUCGGUGGACACCAGCCUCUCAGAGAAGAGCGUGGUCUUUGUCCACGGCGACCUGCAGUGGGACAUCUUCCAGGUGAUCAUCUCCCGCUCCACCACGCCAGACCUCAUCAAGAUCGGCAUGAAGCUGCAGGAGUUUUUCACCCAGCAGUUCGACACCAGCAAGCGGGCCCUCUCCACGUGGGGCCCGGGCCCCUAUCUGCCCCCCAAAACCCCCGUCAUCAACGCGGAGAAAGGCGCCGCGGAGCUGUACGUGGACGCCGCCCACCACCGCCACUGGCCCGGCGUGCUGAAGGUCAUCGCCGGCUGCCACAUCUCCCUGUUCCAGAUGCCUCUCCCCGAGGACGCCGUGCAGCUGGGCGGCUCCAUGAGUCUCCAUGGCAACCACAUGACGCUGGCCUGCUUCCACGGGCCCAACUUCCGCUCCAAGCUGUGGGCGCUGUUCCACUUGGAGGAGCCCAACAUCGCCUUCUGGACGGAGGCGCAGAAGAUCUGGGAGGACGGCUCUAAAGACGACUCCACCUACAUCGUGCAGACGCUGGACUUCCACCUGGGUCACAACACCAUGGUGACCAAGCCCUGCGGCGCCCUGGAGAGUCCGAUGGCCACCAUAACCAAAAUCACCCGCGGGCGACACGAGAACCCCCCGCAUGGAGUCGCCACGGUGAAGGAAUGGUUCAACUACGUCACGGCCAUGAGAAACAAAGAGCUCAACCUGCUGAGGAACGUCGACGCCAACACCGAGGAGAGCGGCGCCACCGCCAAGAGCUCCAGCCUGCUGAGCAACUUCCGGGGCUCCCACACCUACGACCACGAAACCGAGACCAUCUUCGCCCUUCCCAGAAUGCAGCUGGACUUCAAGUCCAUUCACGUGCAGGAUUCAGACGAGCCGUCUCUGACGGACUCCAGCAGCAAACCCAAAGUGGAGUGCAGCAUGGUGACGGAGUUCACAGACCACAUCUGCGUCACCAUGGACGCCGAGCUCAUCAUGUUCCUCCAUGACCUGGUGUCUGCCUACCUGAAGGAGAAGGAGAAAGCCCUCUUCGCUCCGCGGAUGUUCGUGGCCCGGCAGGGCCAGAAAAGCCCCACGGCUCCGCAUGACGACAGCGCGGCCUCCGCAGACAAGGACCGAGACGAAGCCAUCAACUACACCACGGUGGACUGGAGGGAGUUCAUGUGCAACACCUGGCACCUGGAGCCCACCCUCAGGCUGAUUUCCUGGACCGGAAGGAAGAUUGACCCGGUCGGCGUGGACUACAUCCUGCAGAAACUGGGCUUCCACCACGCCAGGACUACAAUUCCCAAGUGGCUGCAGCGGGGUGUGAUGGACCCCCUGGACAAAGUGCUGUCGGUGCUGAUCAAGAAGCUGGGCACCGCGCUUCAGGACGAGAAGGAGAAGAAAGGCCGGGACAAAGAGGAACACUGAGGAAACCGGACUGAACCGGAUCUGGUUAACACUAACUGUGCUCAUGUGUUUAUUUACCGUCUGAACUCAAACCGGGAACCACUUUUAGUUGUUGUUCUGAACCGUUAGUAUUAUUGAACAGCUUGGAAGCGGACGGGUUCUACCGGAUCCGACCGAACCGUUUCCCGUACGGGUCAGCGAGCUUCAGCAGCUGCUCCUCGGUUCUUCUGCCAUGAUUGUAAUAAACUGGGAUCAAUAUUUAUGGGUACGUGACGGUGAAGCUCUGCUCGCUCCAUUGUUUUUAAUCUGUGCAGUAGAACUAGUGUAAAUAGAUUUAUUUCUUAAAUGUGUCGAUUUCUUAAUUUAAUAAAACUGCUGCCAUUCAGUUUGAAA